UCUACGGGAGACGAGGCAGUAAGAAGUAUCCUCUUACACUACAAACAUCAUGGAUAGAAACCUGAAGGAUAAAGUAGUGGUGAUCACCGGUGGAGCUAUCGGGAUCGGCUUCGAAAUUGCAGACAGAUACCUCGAGAAAGGCGCUAAAGUCACUGUUCUUCUCGAUAUCAACGAAAAAGAAGGAGCUGAAGCUGUCAAAGUCCUAACUACCAAAUACGGGAACAACAGGGCUGUUUUUAUAAAAUGUGACGUCACAAAGGAUCUUGAACAAGUUUUCACGAAAAUUAUAAACACAUACAAAAAUGUUGAUGUUUUGGUGAACAACGCUGGUAUACUUGAUGACACAGCUAUUAAAAAGACUAUUGACUUAAAUGUCACAGCAGUAAUAGAGUGGUCAAUGAAGUUCUGGGAGCACAUGAGGAAAGAAAAAGGUGGUAAAGGAGGAACGAUUGUGAAUUUGGCUUCAAUUUAUGGAUUCAGGAUUGAUCAGUUCCUUCCUACCUACCAAGCGUCGAAAUUUGCGGUGAUGGGAUUCACGAAAUCCCUUGGCCAUAAGUACAACUACGAUAGGACUGGUGUAAGGGUAGUGGCGAUUUGUCCAGGGUUUACUGAGACGAAGUUGACGUCGAAUCCGAAGACCUGGAAAGAUGAGCAGCUCCAAGUGGAUCUGUUUGUAUUCCUGAAAGGCCUGCUUUGGCAGAAGGUGGAUGCUGUUGGUAAAGCUGCCGUGGACAUAUUUGAGAAAGCUGAUAGUGGAACUGCCUGGCUGAUCGAAGGUGCGAAGCCGAUUUCUCAAGUUCCUUAAAGUAAUAUGUAACAUAUUCGAAUUUUGUAGUAUAUGACUUGUUUCUAAAUAUAUUUUUUUAUAACUGAUGAAA